CACUGAAAUUGUAACCUCCAUGACAUUUCAUGUUCAUCAUGGAGGUAAUAAUCGUAAGGACAUCAAGUAGUUUUCAACAUCAAACUUGAUAUGUCUCUUUUUUUAUAAUCAUAGUCAAAGUAAAAUCAUUCCCAUCUCAUCUAUGUUAGGUGCAUUACUGCCAAAGUACUUCGAUCUAAAGGUCGUUCAAGAAGGGCAAUAAUGACGUCACGCUUGGUUGUAAAGCAAAUAUGUAAAACGUGGGCAGGGGGCAGAGUCCUUGGUCCAACCAAGGAGCUUCUUUUCCCGAACAGCCGUGACAGAGAGACCCUGCCGGAGCAAACAUGGAUAUGCCUAUGUCCUUCUACUGGUCGAACCAGGCCAUCAUUCUGUUCGACGGCUGGUCUGUACAAGAUGCGACCGGUAUGGCCUUCAGUGUGAUCGGGAUCAUUUGCGCGGGCGCGCUGUUCGAGGGGGUAAAGCGGCUGGUGGGCUGGGUGGGGAAGGGGAAGGGGAUGUUGGUCAACAGGGACACAGGAGACACGUCUGACCCCGAGGAGAGGACACCGCUGCUCAAGUCACCACCGGACGUUGCUCUGACCAGGAAGAGAAAACACAUGUCUCACAACGCUGUUCUCUGCCGUUCGAGGUUACGGUACCACCUGGCGCAGUCCCUGCUCCACGUGCUGCAGGUGGUGCUGGCCUACUGUCUGAUGCUGGUGGUCAUGACCUACAACGGCUGGCUGGCCAUCGCAGUCUUCCUGGGUGCCGGCCUGGGUUACUUCGUCUUCUUUGCAGACAUGGAAAUCAAAGCGUGAAAAGCUGAAGCCAGAAUUUACCCACACACUUGUACAAACAAUCUUGACAGCUCAUAUCAAACCACAUAACACAGCACGGAUAGCACAUGACUUAUGAAAAGCACUUAGAUUGAUUGGUCCACCAUUGCGCAAGAGACAUGUAGAAACUCCAGUUCUAUCCCUCAACGACAAAUAAAGGGAACGACGUCUCAGUAGGUGUCAAAUCUGGACCCAGGGUCCACAAUAACCAUAAAACUAUAUAGAUGCUCCCUGCUGACCUCUGCCAGGAGGUUUGAAAGCUGAAUUAACUCUAGACCACAUAAACUAAUUAGAAGCCAUGGGGAGUCCAGCCAGUGUCUGCUUCCAGGAACAAAGGGAUGGUAUUACGACAUAACGUUGAAAGUUAUUAGCAUAUUAACUGUCAGAUCUGUUUGAAAAGUUUUCUCCACUACUUGUCAACAAAAUCCUGUCAAACAAAGCAAAAUGACACAUAAGCGUGCUGCAAGGCUAAAGACACCAUACCAUAUUUUCUACAACAUUAGGUUUGAAGGAAGAAAUAUCAGACCAGUGUUGAAAAUUCAAAAUGUUGCCAGAUUUCUUGUGCCUUUGAAUUCAGUCUAGAAGUACAUCUACACUCUUUCCUGUACUAUCUUGCUCUCUACCUUUGUCUGAGUUACUGAAUGUCAUUAUCAUUGCUAUUUAGAUCUAUGGUCAUUUAUUAUCUUGCCUUUCAGAAGCUAUUUGGUGUCUUGUUUUGAAAUAAGAGCGGUCACCCUCAUUGUAUCUAUAUAGAAUAAGAUCAUUUAUUUUGGUAAAGAUCAGUCCCUCUCAGAUUUAUAUUUCUUUUCAAGUAGUCAUGAGCUUUCUGUUGGAUUUUGUGUGUCUACAAAUAGAACUUGUAAUCGUAGCACCGUCUUUGCAAUGUGAAUGAGUAGAAUUACUUGUACAGUCACCACCAGCAACAAGGGUAUAAUAUCUCAGUGCCCCAAUGUUUCCCUUCCACAAAGUUCCAGGCUGGGCUUAGUGGGUCCGUGGUCAUUACUUCACAUGAUUUUUGUUUAGAGAAAGCUUACAAAUUUACUUUUUAUGUGCAAACAAACUAAAACUCUUUAUCUAUCUGUAACUAUUUGAACUCUACAGUGUACGUAUUAGCCCUGCUCCAGCACCCAUGUUCAUUGUAUGAGAGCCUUUUGUAGACUGAACCCGGUAGUUUACGUUAGCCGAAUUUAUUGGGUGAUUUUAUAGUACCACCUUGGUCUGUGUAACGUCUAUGUUGCUAUGACGUCAAGAAGGAAACUGGACAAUGAGGAUGUGAAUUAGUGAUAGCAGUUUACUGUACGAAAUACGAGUUGGAGGUUGUGAAGGGAAAGGGAGAAUAAAUGGAUCACUUUGCAUUCCUUUGGCUGUAACUGCAAGGAAUUAAAGUUGUGUAUAGAUUUCA